CAUUGCAACUCACGAUUGUUGUCAUCUUCGCUGUCGUCCUAUCGUUGAUGAUAUUAGCGACAAGUGUUGACCUAAUCAUCGCCUACACCAACGACAAGAACUACAUACCAUUCAUCAGCUUCGAGACCAGAUUAAGAAAACUGCUUUUGGCAACACUUUUAUCGUUUUCAGUUUACAAAAACGGGAAGAUUCUGUUCGGCACGACUACCACCCGCUCCUCUUUGGGCCCAAUUGAGUGCAUUAAUGGCAUUAGAGUGUUGUCUAUGCUUUGGAUCAUUUGGACGCACACUUAUCUCAUACCAAUCAAAGAGACCUUCACUUUUGUCCGCGAGUUUAUGUUCACUGUCGAGGAAUUGGGCUUUCAAUUGAUACUCAAUGGCUGGGUAUUAGUGGACACAUUCUUCCUGGUCGGCGCGAUGCUCACCAGUUAUAGUCUUUUUCAUCGGAUGACCAAAACCGACGGUCGGAUCAAUGUUUUGCAGCAGAUAUUGAACAGAUUCUUCCGCUUCUGGCCGUCGGUGGCGAUGACAUUGGGAUUGAUAUUCUUGGUUCCGUCGCUGGCCAGCGGUCCCCUUUGGAAGGAGUACUUUGAGGUCCAACUCGACAAAUGCUACACCAAUUGGUGGACAACCUUAACAUUUAUCAACAACUGGUACGACGAAAGUCAGAUGUGUUUACUUCACACGUGGUAUUUGUCGGCCGAUAUUCAGCUCUUUAUGUUUUCACUCAUUUUCGUGAUUAUUCUCUAUAAGAAUCCGAAUCUGGGAAUCAAACUGAUAAUUCUUGUGGCGACCGCCAACUCUCUGGCCAUCGCUGUUCGCACUUAUAUUAUGGCCCAAAAUCCUACUGUUCUCUACAAUACACCCGAUGAACGGGAUGUCUACAAUCAGGCGUCAACGCUAUACGUCAAUACAUACAUUCAUUUGGGCCCGUAUUUCGUUGGUCUCAUUCUCGGAUAUUAUGUGUUUAAACACAAAACAAUUAAAAUAAAUCCGUUCCUCAAUUUGUUCAUUUGGAUGUCAGCCCUAUUCGGAUGCUUAACAAUAAUGCUGUCAACGUAUACACUAAACAGGGGUCAGAUAUGGGACCCGAUAGCGGGCGCCCUUUACGCCGGCCUACACCGCACCGGUUGGUCAUUGUGUGUGGCCUGGAUUAUAUUCGGCUGCACCACAGGCAAUGGAGGUCCGAUCAACACAUUCCUGUCGUGGUCACUGUUCGGUCCAUUAGGCAAACUCAGCUUUAUGAUCUAUUUGAUGCAUUUUCUGGUCAUUUGGGUCCGCUAUGCCUACAAUCGCCAACCACUUCCCUUCAGUCACUACACUAUGUUUUGUGAAUUCCUGGUGAAUGUCAUGAUUAGUAUCGGAGUGUCGGUCGCAACGCAUUUGGCAUUUGAGGCGCCAAUGAUGUCCUUAUAUAACAUUUAUUUGUCAAAUGUCUUCAAAUUCGCAAACAUUCGGAUCAGACAGACGUCGGAGAAGACGGAGAAGAGUGCCAAACAUGUAGUCAACGAAAUUGUGGUCACGUCUAAGCUUUAAACCACUAAUGCUUUUAUCGUUUUAUUUAAUUAGAAAAACAAUAUUUUUAUUAAACUUUUUAAUUAUAGUGUUGUAAUUAAACAUUUUAAUGCUAUAUUAACAUUGCCGCUAAUACAUGCCAAAUA